AUUUGCGGAGAGGCGAAGUUCAGUCGAUUGUGAAGCGCUGCGGGAAGAAGUUGUGUCGCGUGAAACUUUGAGAGCAGAGUGCAAAAAGGAAUACAAAAUGGUGGACAAGAUCGAGAUGAGUUUGGAUGAUAUCAUCAAGUCGACGAAGGGGAUGGGCCUGGGGCGUCGCCGAGGCACUGGCCGAGUGGCCACUGGCCGCCGUGGCGGCGCCACUGGUGGGGCAUUCACGCCGAGACAGCGUCCCCGCGGAGGGGCCGCUGGUGGCGUGCGUGGCGUCCGGAAGGGACGCAUCACAGUUGGUGUUUCACGUGCAAACGGACGAUUCCCGAGGGGCGAUGUUAACAGCGCUUGGAAGCACGAUAUGUUCGAGGGAGGAAAGAGGAAAUUGCUCAGGAGCGCGGGCAAUGCAACGGCAAAACUUCUGGUCGGCAACUUGGAUUAUGGCGUCUCCGAAUCGGAUAUCAAUGAGUUAUUCGCGGACUUUGGACCACUGAAGAGUGCAUCUGUUCACUAUGAUCGCUCCGGACGAUCACUUGGCACAGCGGAUGUCGUCUUCGAGAGGCGUGGGGACGCAGUGAAGGCCAUGAAGCAGUACAACGGAGUUCCACUCGAUGGGCGACCCAUGAACAUCCAGCUGGCCACAUCUGAUGUACCCACAGUGUCGCCCGCGGCGAACAGAGCUCCAAGAUUUCCCGCAGGACCGCGUGCAGCUCCCCAAAGGCCUCAGAGGAGAAAUGUGGGCAACAACUCUGGCGGCGGAGGCCCUCGUCGAGGUGGCGGACGCACUGCCCGGCCGCCGGCACCAACAGCUGAGCAACUCGAUGCAGAGCUGGACGCCUAUGUUAAGGACAUGAAGUAAUCACACCA